UUUUUUUUGUCCUCUCUCUCUCUGCUCUCUGACAGACGACAACGCAGCGAUGGAGGGUUGUGUUGGGUUGGCAGCAGUGGUGCUGCUGCUGGCGGUGGUGGCACAGACCACGACGGCAGCGGAGUUGACAUUCGAUAUGAACCCGCACGAGACACAGUGCUUCUACGACAUUGCCGAGCAAGGAACCAUGGUGUCCAUGGAGUACCAGGUCGUGUAUGGCGGACGACUGGACAUUGAUGUGGAAGUGCGCAGCCCAAGCCAGGUCAUCUGGGCCCGCCGCAGGUCUCAGGCAGACGACCACCGUUUCCGUGCACCAAUGAGCGGCGAGUACGCCUUCUGCUUCAGCAACAAGUUCUCCACCGUCACCCACAAGACUGUGUACUUGGAUGUCACUGUUGGUAACAAGGAGCAGGUCAUUGAGGAAGGCGGCAAGGUGCAUGACGUCGCUCUCACCCAGAUUGAGACCUCCAUCUCCAGCAUUCACAACGCUCUCAGCAAAACCAUGAGCUACCAGACCCAUCUCCGUAUGCGCGAGAUGUACCAUCGUCACACUGCAGAGUUCAUGAACGAGCGCGUGCAGUGGGUGUCUGGUGGGGAAGCACUGGCGCUUGUGGUGAUCAGCGUGUUCCAGGUGCUCUACCUCAAGUCUCUCUUCACGGACAGACCAAACAGGUUUUAAUCGCUUCGCGGAAUCCCAGCGGUUACGACUGGCGCAUUUACGCCUGACCGAAUGUGUUUGUUGUUUGCUUGUGCGUGUGGAUAUGUGCGUGUUUGGACGUGUUGUCUUCACGUGCGCUCGUUCCCAUCUCUCCUUGCGUGUGUGUGUGUGUGUGUGCGUGCCCGUUGUCGUGCAUUUAGCACGCCCACGCAAUGAAAAGUCAUCAGUGCAA